AUGGAGGAGGGCACUGUCGCAGGAGGUGCAAGGGACGUCAGCGCUGCUUCACAAGAGAUGCUGAAGACAGCCCUCACCCACGUUCUUGCGCGUGGGAUUCCUGAAGCUGCCAAAGCCUUAGCCAAGCGCCAAGCCCGUAUUUGUGCGCAUGCAUCCAACCGCGAUGAGCCCACGUAUGUAAAGUUAGUGGAGGCCCUUUGUGCUGAGCACCAAACCAACCUAAUUAAGGUUGACGACAACAAGAAACUCGGGCAAUGGGUAGGCCCCUGUAAAACUGACUCUGAGAGAAAGCCUCCUGGAGUGGUUGGUUGCAGUUGUGUGGUGGUCAAGGACUAUGGAAAAGAAUCACAGGCCAAGGGUGUCAUCGAAGAAUACUUCAAAGGCAAGAAAUGA